UGGCGGACGAUUUGAUAGAAGAUUUCAUCGUAACAAGCUUGUAGUCUGUGUUGAUUAGAAGAGUUCUUCGAGAUGACUUAACAAAUGUGUACAUGUCAGAAGGUCCCUAGAAUGUUUGCGCCAGCAGGUCAACCAGAACUUGUUCGUUCAAAUCAGAAAGAUGUGUACUAUCUUGGUUUCUUAAGAGAAGGAAUAGCACAAAUAUACAGGAGUGUACGAGGUCCUUUCUCUUGGAUCAAAUGGAAGACAGAGUUGGAUUUACUUGCCGACAUCUGUUAUUUUGGUCUAACUACAAUAAGUGGAUAUCAGACACUUGGUGAGGAAUACUGAAAUAUUGUGCAAGUGGACAGUAGUAAGACAAGGAUCCCUUCAACAUUGCUUAGAGGAAGUCUUUUCUUUCUUUAUUCACUUGGUCCAUAUCUGAUUGACAAAGCGUUGACAAGGCUGGAGCUUUGGUUACAAAGCCAAGGAAAUUUCCCUUAUGGACUUCAUCCAAGAGGGAGACAAACUUUAUCAGCUUUGAUUCCCUUUGUGAGAGCUGGAGUGGUUUAUGUUCACCGAGCGCACUUGGCGUUGUUUUACUUGAAUGGCAUCUUUUAUCACAUUGCGAAGAGGAUCACAGGAAUUCGAUACCUGCUCGUUCGAAACAGUCUCCGAAAUGACGGCUCCAGACCAACUUACCGCUUGCUUGGCUAUCUGUCCGUUAUACAAUUGAUUAUCACCCUUAUUCUGACAACGUACCAGCAUCUGAAAUCUGGCAAACCAUUAGAACGCCUCGUCUCACAGGAAAAGUCAGCGUCCACAAACAUCACUUCCGGUAGCAGUAUGAAGUGUGCUCUGUGUUUGGAGAGACUCCGAGAUAAGACGGUGACUCCAUGUGGUCAUCUGUUCUGUUGGAAUUGCAUAACAGAAUGGUGUGUUAGCAAGCCUGAAUGUCCGUUAUGCCGUGAAUCUGUUCAGUUGUCCAGGCUGGUUUUCCUGCAUCACUACGAACGCCAUACGGAGAGUACUGCGCUACAGGAAGGGUACAUCAUGAAGAAGCAAACUUAUUGUCAGCUUGUUAGAUGCAACAUUGUGUGAUUGUCACGGAAAGCUUACAGUGCAUAUCUACCAACGUGUAUAAAUUUCCUGCAUAGUUCAAUAUCCAGAAGUUUUUUUUUUUUUAGCUGUAAUUUUCAGUGAGUAUUGGUGAUUGUUUACUUAUUGGCGUCAGCACUCGUCAAUGUCAAACUUGCAUUGUACAGUUCUCAUAUCAAUGUGUAUAUUUAUUUUGAUGUGCCGUUGACCUGUUGUGUUGAGAAAUUUCAUUCUUCAAAAACCCAACAUAAACACUUCCUCCUGA